AUGACUUGCAACUUCUUCUUACAAUCACAUGUACAUACAUCUUAUUUUCCAGCUUAUGCACCGAACGCUCACUAUAUUCCAAAAGAAUACAUAGAAAUGCUAGAAAAAGUAGCAAAUGAUUUUAUGAUUUCAAAUGGUAAAGUUACAGGUAAAUGUGAAGAUAGUAAAUCAUGCAGUGCUUGUUUAAAAGUAGUAAAUCAUUCUUUAAUAAACAUACGCGUGCUGGAGGUAAAAAACCAGCUGCAUAUUCUCUUCCUUUUUAUGAGUGAGAAGGAGUUACACCUGCUAAAUAUUAUGUAAUGUAAGAAUAAACAUUAGAGAGAUGCGCAAUGUGCAUCUCUGUCUACCAAUCAAUUUUCCCAAUUAUUUAUGAUAGAGGUAUUUUAUGUCGUAUAAUUUUUCUUAUUCAUGUCAAUAUGGUACUGUACAUCAUUGGCCAUUUACCACCGGUGAUACGUUAGUGCUUAAUCUUUCUGCUAAUAGCCCCAGCAGUGUUGUUAUGAUGAGUCUGCAAGUAGUGGUAAUCUGAACAGGCUAGCUAUUUGUCCAAAACCUAAUUAUGGUGAAUCCUUAAAUAAUUGGGAAAGGUCAGUUGUUACUCCUGAUCAAAAACCUUGCCUACCUUGUCCUGAUACAAACCACGAUCAAAGGCCUUACCCUGACAAGCCUCGUCCUGAUACAAACUACGAUCAAAGGCCUUACCCUGAAAAGCCUCGUCCUGAUCCAAACCCUAAUCCAAAACCUCACCCAGAUGAUCGCAAAGGAUGCCAAGAUGAUGGAGAACCGUACACAGUUGUUGCUAAAGAAAUAACCGCAGACCAUGCUGACCCCAAUAAAGAAUGUGGGUACUAUGCGGGUUAUUACAAAAGCUAUGGUCAUGUAGGUCAUUAUGGUUUUAAUACAGCUUGUAUACUAAAAAAGUGGUUUCCUAAUUUUGAUAAAAAUCCUGCUCUAAAAGAGAAACUAGAAAAUGUAACUAGUCCUGUGAUGGCAGGGAAUUUUAAGCUUGCUAUUGUAGGUGAUAAUAUUGAUUAUACGUGGGCAAAGGCCAGUGACAUGUGGUAUAGGCAAUGUCAGAAUUAUGAUGAUGACAAAGCUUGCACAUGGGAGCAUAAUGGUGUUAAGGCUCAUAGUACGUGUUAUACUGCUGGUAGCAAUUGGAGUACAAUAUAUUCUCAUAACUUCUUUUCUGAAACAGAGUGUCCUAAUCUUAUUACUAGUGAAGUUCAUGCUAGAGAAAAACCGAAAGAAAUAUACAUAAAGUUAGUAGAACCAAUAGUACUUUAUGAUCACUCUACACAAAAAAUCAUAAGACCUUCUGCAAAACGUGAAACUUAG